GAUCGGAGUUUUUCAACCAUUCCUCACUGCUUUCAGUUUCCUCAAAUCAUCAACUUCCACAAUCAAUAAAAACUCAUAAACAGCCAUCAUGUCAAACUCAGAACAGACCUUUAUCAUGGUGAAGUGCGAUGGUGUCCAACGCGGACUGGUAGGUGAAAUUGUAGGACGUUUCGAGCGUCGAGGUUACAAAAUCGUUGCCUUGAAAAUGAUGCACCCAUCCAAGGAGCAUGUAGAGAAGCAUUACGCCGACUUGGCCGGAAAGCCUUUCUUCGCCGGUCUCUGUAGCUUCAUGAGCAGUGGCCCCGUGGUCGCCAUCGUCUUUGAGGGUAAAGAUGUUGUCAAGCAAGGCCGAGCCAUGCUUGGAGCCACCAACCCUUUGAGCUCAGCUGCUGGUACCAUCCGUGGAGACUUCGGAAUCGACAUGGGCCGCAAUAUCUGCCACGGUUCUGACGCUGUCGAGUCAGCUAAGAAAGAAAUUGCCCUCUGGUUCCCUGAAGGUGUUGUCCAAUACGGCCUUACCUCAGCAACCAACGUCUACGAGUAAAUAUCCGGUGUGUACAAUAGCUGAUCAUACUGAGGCUCAUAAGACAGUCAAGAAAAUAUUUUGAAUAAAAACUCGCCAAGUAACCAAGUGCAAGCAUGUCAAAUCACAAACCCUACACUGUCCGCAGCAAAAUCUGGGUCGAGACAUGGUGUUGGACAAUUAUAGCCAAGA